AUGUCUUUUGCAGGGAUUCCAGCCAAUUCUCCAUUUGAGGCUACUUGGUCUCGUCUCCGCUUCGCAUCUUCCCGCAUCACUGGGUCACUGUCGCACCGUACCGCUUGCAUUGCCCGUUCUGUUUACCGAUUGAGCCAAUCAUAUAUCACGCUGGAUCCACACACCGAGUCACCCCGCGACUAA